CACGACGGGGACCCGUCUCCCACCGUUCUCGCUGUCGGCGCCUCCCCGCCGCCCCGCGACCACCUCAUCUGGUCCGUCUUCAACACCAUCUACAUGAACUUCUGCUGCCUCGGCUUCGUGGCGCUCGCCUUCUCCGUCAAG